AUGAACUGCACUACGAACGUAAUUCAAGUGACAAACGUCUCUCCCAGCACCACAUCCGAACAGAUGAGAACGCUGUUCGGCUUUCUUGGCAAAAUUGAGGAACUCCGAUUAUUUCCGCCUGAUGACUCUCCCUUGCCCGUGACCUCACGUGUGUGUUUUGUAAAGUUCCUUGAAUCUGACUCGGUCGGCGUGUCCCAGCAUCUUACCAACACAGUCUUCGUGGACAGAGCCCUCAUAGUCGUCCCUUUUGCUGAAGGCGUCAUCCCCGACGAGGCCAAGGCGCUGUCUCUCCUCGCCCCCGCCAACGCCGUCGCUGGCCUACUGCCGGGCGGGGGCCUGCUGCCCACGCCUAACCCUCUGGCCUCGAUGGGGGGCAUGCCACUAGCUGCUCUGGGGGGGCCCAAUCUGGAUCCUGCUCUCGCAGCUUUGGGUAUGCCGGGAUCCAACAUGAACUCUCAGUCUCUGGCUGCUGACCAGCUCUUGAAGUUCAUGACCUCUGUGGACCCAAAGUUGAAUCAUGUGACCUCAGGCCUGAACCUCAAUCCUGGGUUGAAGGCGGACGCCUCCAAUAAGGAGAUCGAGGAGGCCAUGAAGCGUGUGAGAGAGGCCCAGUCCCUCAUCUCUGCUGCCAUUGAGCCUGGGAAUAAGAAAGACUCUAAGAGGAAGCGAUCACGCUCGCGCUCACGGUCGCGGUCCCGCCGCCGACGGUCCCGGUCUCGCUCCAGACACAGGCGCUCGCGUUCACGCUCGCGGUCCAGACGACGGUCGAAGAGCCCCCGCAGGAGGCGGUCCCGCUCCAAAGAGAGGGGUCGAGGGUCAGACAGCAAGUCCAGGGACAGAAAGAAGGAGGAAAAAGAAAAGAAGCGUUCCAGAACUCCGCCCAAGAGCUACAGCGCCACCCGCAGGUCACGUAGCAUAAGCAGGAGGCGCAGGAGGAGUCGCACUGCCAGCAGGUCUCCCAGGAGGAAGCCGUCCAGGUCGCCGUCCCCGAGGAGGCACAAAAAGGAGAAAAAGAAGGAGAGAGAGAGGGAGAAGGACCGCGAGCGCAACAGAGAGGAGGAGCGAGAACACCCUACCAGCAAGAAGAAGAACAAAGACAAGGACAGGGAGAGAGAGAGGGAAAGGGAGAGGGAGAGGAAGUCUGACGAGAAGAGCGAAAAGCGCUCAAAAUCCAGCCAGCUGCAGGCUGAGACACACAAAGCCGAAGUCAAUCAGGUGACUAGAGACUAUGAUGAGGAGGAGCAGGGCUACGACAGCGAGAAGGAGAGGGAGGAGAAGAGAGACUCGGACUCCGCCCCCUCACCCCCGCCCCCUCCCCCUCCCGCUGAGAAGGGCUCCGGUGAGAAUGUGAAGGGGUCGAAGGUCAAUGGCGAUGACCACCACGAGGAAGACAUGGACAUGAGCGACUGACCCCAAGUCCCUGGGGGUGUGCCUCUCGGCUGACCCUCGCACUCUCCCUCCUGGGGGAGGCGUGUCCCCUGCCCCUCUGUGGGUGUGUCCUGGGGAUUGUCCACGCCCAGUCCUCCAGCUUUUAUAUGGGUUUUUCCUUUAGAUUUUUGUUGUUUUUGUUUUUUAAAUGAGCAGCAGGACUGUUGGCCUGUUGGUUCCCCAGCAGCAGGCGGAGAGCCUGUGGGCUGAGCCUCCCGUCUUAACCCCGGAGCCCGGCAAGCUAACCCCGCCCCCCAACCCCCCCCCCCUCGGCCUGGCCGCAGCCCUCCUCCCCCCCCAUUUCGGGAGAGACCUGUGCGCUGUACGCCUGUGAGAUUCCAGCUCCCCUCCCUUUCUUUCUUCACUCUCGUAUUUGUAAAUGAACUAAGUGAAAUAAAGGUUAGGACGUGACGGCGAGGUUCUUAACACA